AUGGCUAGUAAUUCAUCCCGAAAUGAUAAUUUAGAUUUGAACCGUAUUUUAAGUAAAAGUUUAAGAGAUAUGUUUGAAAAUAGUUCAGAAACAUCUCUAGGUUAUCGUGUUUUGGCCAUGACGAAUGUGAACGAUUGGGAUAAAUUUGAAAAGGAUAUGAAUAAAAAUUGUUUGGCUUUAAAUGCAAAAUUAGACUAUGAUCAUUCAUCAAUUGACAGCGCAUCGUCUUCAGAAUUAUGCUCGUCUGCUUCUCAAAUAACACUUGCUCCGUCAACUUACUUUGAUGCUCUGAAACCAUUGACGUGCGAUAGCCAAGCAUCAAUUUUGUCAUCAUCUCAACAUGUCCAACAGCAACAAGGUACAUUAUCAUUUGAAUAUUCUCAAAGUGAUAGUUCAACUGAGUAUUUCGAUCGUCUUGGUAAAUGUGGAUCUAGUCAACAAUCGCACGAACACCCGAAAAGUCCAUUCUCGCAAUUAGUUAAUUAUUUUCCAUUUACUCAAGAUACAACAGCAAAUCAACCGCCUAAAAGUGAUUUUGAUCGAUUAGGCGAACUAUAA